AUGGAGUUUAUUGAAGAUUUUAAUGAAAUAGAAUUACACAUGUCGAAAUUUGUUGGCGGUGAAGUUUUUAUUUCUAAAGAGUAUUGGAGUGAAGGAAUUGCCAUAAUUUAUAUAAAUUAUCCAGAAAAGAAAAAUGCAAUGUCUGGAAAAAUGAUGGUGGACUUCAGAAAAGCCAUAAAGGAGUUGGAAAAUUGGCCCGAUGGCAAAGCUGUCAUUUUGACAGGCUUGAACGAGAAUUUUUGUUCUGGCGGUGAUUUGGCUUACACCAGAAAGUGUAGCAGCAAAAAAGAUGGUUUUUAUUUGAGUUCAAUUAUGCAGGACGUGCUCAAAAGGUAUAGAAAGUUGCCUAUGGUUACUGUGAGUUUAAUACACGGGCCCACUUUAGGAGGUGGGGCUGAGAUCGCGGUUUUCUCCGAUUUUAUUUUGGCAGCUGAUAAUGUGAAGUUAGUUCAGCUUUUGGGGGAGAGAAAAUCUUUGGACUUAUUGCUGAACCCUAGACUUCUUGACGCAAAUAAAAGUUUUGAAAUGGGAUUAGCAACGAAAAUAGUCUCUACCGAGGAUAAAUUAAAUGAAACGAUGGACUUUUUAAGACAGUAUUUAAAAUUAGACACAGUCGUAAUACAGAAUUUUAAAAAGGCUGUAUAUUCUGCCACCACGGAAAAUUUUGACGAAUCUAUUAACAUAGAAAGAAGAUUACUUUGUAAUGUUUACGGCGGACCUGUACAUUGUCAGGCUUUAAAAGAAAAAAUUAACCAUGUAAAAAAUAAAAAUUAA